AAUGAUAAUAAUAUGAGUAAUAACAAUUUGUGUGGAGAACUAAAUGAUAUAUAGAACCUUUCUUAUUCACUAUCGAAAUGAAACUGAAAAUACUUCUUUGUGUGACCAAAUCAAAACCCAAAUUAGUCCAUGGCCAUCUUUGUCACACCUGUUUCAGAAAUAAAAAUUAAAUAUUCAAAAGUGUUGAAAAGUGCAUUUGAUUUGAACCAAAUAUUGCAAAGCCAAUAAAAAAUUCAAUUAAAGAAGAAAAAUCUUUAAAGCUCCCUGAAAAUGUGUAGUAUGUUACAUUUAUGUACACAAUUAUUUCUUACGGUGCAUUCAUAAAAAUAUCCGACAGCACAUUCCUCGUCGACUGCUCGAACAAUACUAAAUAUUCUCCCAAAACCAUUUUGACAGAAAACUCAAAACAAGUUAUUUUUUACAAUUGUGUUGGUGAACACACAGACAUCCCAAGGGAUACUCUUUGCCUAGCCCUGCUCCACAAUAUACGACGAUUUGUACAACAACAAGAACAUCGGUGCCAGCAGUGAGCUCAGAUCGAUUUUUUUUGCGUACUUACACAAUUUUCAUCAAAAUGAAUUAAAGAGUGGCCACCAAAGAAGAGCAGAAAAACAAAAGAAAACUCAGAACGUCACGUUUGACGUUGUUUUUUUUUAUCAGUGAAAUAAGAAAAAUAACAAAACACAACAAUAUCAGCAACAACAACAACUACAAUGGAAUUUUGUUAAAAAUCAAUAAAUCAUUCCAAAACAAAAAGAAGUUCCGCUUAGAUUUAUGUUCUCGACAUAAAUAGAAAAAAUUCUUUGGCUCGUGCAAUUUGAAAGAGGCUCUAGUUUAUAAAGUAACAAUAUUAUGCAAUUAAUAGCUAAAACUACAACAACAUCAAAUCCAGUUGCUACAACAACAAAUGUAAAUUCUGACCAUACAACACCAACAAAAGCAGCCCACAGCAACAUGAAUAAAUUCUAUCCGCCAAAACCAAAAAUAAACGCAUUCAAUGAACUGUUCCAGUGUUACCUGUGCCAAGGAUAUCUCAUAAAUCCUACGACCAUAGAUGCCUGUUUACACAGCUAUUGUCGUAGUUGUAUUGUCAAACAUUUGGCCGAAGAUUGCUAUUGUCCCCGCUGCAAGGGGAGUGGCGGCAAAGCUUUAACUCAUUCAAAUCUAAAAUCUGACAAUGUUCUGCGUUCAAUCAUCUACAAAUUGGUACCUGGUUUAUAUCAAAAGGAACGUGAGCGUGUAGUGCAAUUUGUAAAUAAUGCCAAAAAUGAGGAAUCCCCAUCCUCGGAUACUCUGAAUGCCCUACUGGAGUCGGAUGAUGAUUUCUAUACAGCCCGGGAUUCCAUUAGCCUGUCCUUGGAAUUUCAUCCGCAUUUGGCACAGCAAUGCGAGGAAGCUGAUAUACCUCCCGUGAGGUAUCUCAAGUGCCUGGCCAGCCUAAAAAUACAGCAUUUGAAGCGGUUUUUGUGUUCAAAAUUCGACAUAGAUCCGAGUAAUCGGAAAGUAGAUAUUGAGGUGAUCUACGAGGAUGAAGUUCUGCCCAGUGAUUUUACUCUCAUGGACGUGGCCUAUUGCUAUCAGUAUAAAGGGCAAGCUCCCCUUAAACUAUACUACCGAAUAUUGAUCUAUCAGGAGGAACAUUUAAAUACUCCAGAAUUGGAUAAUCAAAACGUGCUUAAGCAUACCGACACUGAAAUCUCCACAACUCAGCCAGGCAGUGAAACGAAAAAGUCGCUAAAAGAUGAAAAUGAAAAUCCAUUCCUAACACCAACGCCGGUAACAACAAAACUGAAAACAUCCAAACAACCCGCCUCCAAACAUCAGUCUGCGGAACCAUCCGUAAAGCUGACAAUUUCCUCCAAGCCCACUGAAUCGGUAAAGAAAACGGUUUCAAAAAGAUCUUCCCUGGUGGAAGACUUUACCUUACCCACCACCACUACCAAUGACUUUAAGUCGCUGCGUAGCAAUGACAUACGCUACAGUCAAUUUGGGGCACCGCCAACGCCUCCAGCCACUCCCAAUGCCUCUAGCAUCAAUUCCGCUGCGUCAAAGACAAAAGUCAAAACACCCGCCCUGGUUAUAAAGGAGGAGAAACCCGCCAAAUGUGAUAUUGUCGUAAGCAUUCCGCACAAUCAAAUGCAGGAUGAGUGGGACACAAAGCCACUGUCUCAGCUAAAGACGGCUUGCAAAAAGUCUCCACCAUCUUCGAGCGUUAGCGAUGAAACCACGUCCUCAACAACAUCCUCGAACAAUAGCAAAAAGGUCAGAAAUGUACCCAAACUAAAAAUCGAACUGAACAGCUUGAAGACCAAGCUAAUCGAGAAACCCAAAUCGGCCGAUAUACGCCUUGACACUCUAAUGCUGAAGCAUCAUCACAAGCCGCGAAAGUUUUCUCUGGAUGAGCCCCAGCCAAGCAAUGACAAGGUGGACCUGGAGACAUAUGUCAAAAAUAUUGGCCUGAAACCCAUAGAGGUGCAAACAUCCAGUCACACUGCACCCGCCGAACUGGAAACAGCCGGAAAAUUUACCCCAAAUGCCUCGCCUCGCUCCUCAUGUUCCUCUUCGACCACCUCCUCCUCGAAUGGCUAUUUGAAUGUCUCCGGCGAACACAGCAAAUCGUCGCACAAGAAACGCAAGAAGAAACAUUCUAAGGAGUCCAAAGACGCAAAAAGGAGCAAGAAAAUGCAUGCCGAAAUCUCAUCGCAAAUGGCCGACGAGAGUCUUAAGAUGAAAGUGAAGCUAACCACUCCGCUAAACAUAAAACCCUCGAAACUGGAAAGCAAGAAAUCGCCACAGAGCGACAAGAAAUCUCUGGAUCACUUUAGCAUUGAAAAGCCCCUCAAAUCGCCGGAACAUAAGUCCAAGCACAGUCAUGACAACACCAAGGCCGCAGAGCCGAAAAAGUCUCACACAAUUUGGGACAACUUUCAAUUUCCUUCGGAUUUCCAGGCUACUUCGUCCGUUCCAAAGCUCAAACCUUUGGCCAUCAAGACAACUGCCAAGGAUUUUGAGGAUGAUGAUGACAUCAGCAUGCCGGACAUAACCACUGCUCUGUCGCUCAGUAAACCCUUAGCAAAUAUCAAAGACUCCAAAUUACCUCAUUCACCACCUUUGCCUCCUAGUCUCUUCAAAACCACCCCGCUGACAAUUUCUACAUUUACUCCGAACGUAAAUACCGUGGCCAAGACAAAGCCCGUGGUAACUGCUGCCAAACAAAUCAAAGAUAAACCCGUAGUACAGCCCCUAAAAAUGAAACCCUUGGCUCCGAAACCAAUGCCCACCAUAAAACCGCCCCUCAAACCGCCACAAUUUGCAGUUCCUAAUCUACCACGUUCAAUGGCCUCAAACACUUCAAAGUUCCUUCCCUCUACGCCCUCGUCCAUAGCCAGUUCGGCGAAUAAACAAAUGGGCAACUUGCUCAAACGCUCGGCAUCCAUGGACGAGGGUAAGGCCGCCAAACAAAGCAAAUACGAUAAGCCACACCAGAUUACCGUCAGUGCGUAUGGCAGUAAUUUGCAAGUGACCAAAGUCGAGGUGCCCGCCACGCCGACUUCAUCCACAGCCAAAGCCACCUAUGAAAUACCCCUUUACUCACCCCUCUCGGCUUCGUACAACCCGAAAUGUUCAUUCACAGUCGGUUCAACAACCACUGGUUCGGGUGGCAGGGCAAAUUCCCUUAACUCGCCCACGGGAUUGUCCCCAGGUGCUGGCAACUGCAAAUCGCCCAUAUUCACCACAAACACCGCAUCCCUUAAGAAGCCCGAAAAGGAGUUGGCAAAACAAACAACCGCAGCGACAAGUCCAACUGGUUCCUCAACAAAUUCGAGUCUAACGAGCUUUGGCAUCAACAAAACUUUUCCUUUAAUGGGACCGCCAGCAAGCCUGCCCAAACUGAAUACCGUUGUACCCACAUCCGUGAAAUCUCCACCAUUAGGAAAUCUACUGCAUAAAUCUCACUCGUCAGCAGCUGUAUCCUCCUCUUCGGCACAAAUGAAUGCCAGGUCUAGUUUAAGUAAAACAACCACUUCCCCGUCACCUCCUGGGCAAAGCAACAAGAAAAGUGAGUCCACCACAUUACCCAACCCCAGCGCCGCAACGACUCUGAAAAAUAACAAUGGACCAGUGGAGAAGCCCACCAGUAGUCUGAGGCAAUUCCGUUUACCCUCUCGAGAAUCGGGGCAGGAUAUUUUGGAUCUAUCCCCCAAGACCACAAAUGGCAUACAAACGGCGGAGAAGAAGAUAUGUCCCAAGGCAACAACAACUACACCAACAGUUAACAUUCCCGGCUCGCCCACAUUGGCGGCAACUGGUUCCGCACUGGAGUUUACCUUAUCCAAAAUCAAGCAGAACAUGUCCAGUACUGCGUGUGCGGAAAGCAAACCCGUAAUAGAUUUAAAACCAAAUUCAGAGGAUUUGCAAAAUCUCCAUUUACUCUCGGAGUCGGCAACAGCUCGGGAAAAGAUUGCCAUUACAUCGUCCACUUCUUCGGCCACUGCAACGGCUUCGGUCUAUGAAAAACCAAAAAUCAAUACAAAUUCCUUGGUGCGCCAGCAAAACGCUUCGGUGCGAAGCAUACCCAAUCCCUCGGCCUUGGCAUUUCGUAACCACCAGCCAUCAGCGACGAACAACAUACCGAUGGUUACCAUAGCUGCCCCACUCAUUGCCAACCUUAGCAAUGAGGUUGACAAGACUCUGCUCUCCAAACAGCCUACAUCGCCGCAUUCCCCGCUUACUUCACUACCUCUGGGCUCCAACGUUACUACCUCCUCAAUUACGCCUUUGCGCAACACCAUUACCGCGACUUCCCUCUCCUCGAAGCGACACCCUUCUAUUGAUCAAGUUGCUGCAAGUUUGAAUAUCAGAGCCACCGCGGCAGCUGCUGAGGCUUCGGCCAAAUCGAAUCUGAAACAAUUGGAUGAGAUCGCCAGUGUAACAUCGAAAUCCUCGUUGGCGGAAAUGAAUGGGGGAAGUAAACUUAAACAGCAAAUAAAACAGGAAGCAGUGGAACAACCAACGACAACAACAACAUCAACCACAGCCUCAGCAGUUCUGGCUGCUCCAACAAUCAGCCAGCCCUUAUCAGCAAUGCAUUUAGCUGAGGUUAGUUCGUCGGAGGUUGUGGAAAUCAAGAAAGAACCCGAAGAAAGAUGUAGCGAGCCGUCAUCGUCUUUGGUGGGCGAUGAACAAAGAGAAGUUAAAGCGAUUUUCACUGUUAGCAACAACAACAAUAACAUCGCCAUCAACAAUACUCAUCAAACCUCGGCCCCAACACCAACACCAGCAUCAUCGUCGGCUUUGGUCUCGAAGGUUGAAAAUCUUGUGACGUCAGUGAUUAAUGUCUCUACACCCACAUCCAGUCUCCUGACCACAAGCAGUGCAGCAGGCUAUUGAAUCAAAAAAUUUGACAAGAGAUAGAGGCAGGCAUUUACAAU